UUUUGAUACUUUGUAAGUUUGAAAUGUAAAGCUUAAUGUUACUGGCAUUUUAUUUUUAUCUGUACUUUUUUGUUAAUGAUUUUUUAUUUUAUUUAUUUAUUUUUCAAAGGAAGUGGCAGAUUUAAAACAUUCUCAAAAUAAACUAAAAAAGAUGGUUCAAGACAAAAUCACUGAACUUGCUCAUACAGUAAGAAGAGCGGAGCAGUACGAAUUAGAAGUAAAAAAAUUACGAAAUAGAGUCGAGGAACUCAAGAGGGACUUAGCUGUUACUGAAGACGAACUAGAUGCUGCCACCAACGGUCUUCGAAAACACCAGAGGACCAAUGAUGAACUACAAGAACAAAUCGACAGUUUACAAGUCCAGUUACAGCAUCUUCAUUCUAGUGAAGAUAAAGAAGACGGAGGCGAAGAAAUGGCAGUACUUGAAGAUUCUGACUGUAUUACGUAACUGCAGUACUACAAGUUUAUUGUCUGAUAGG